ACUAGUAAAAUAAGGAAUACAAGUUUACAUUUAGUUUAUCAAAAAUACAGUAAAAAUAUUAAUACAUUGAAAUACUAUUACAUUUUAAAAUGUAAUUUAUUCCUGUGAUGGCAAAGCUAAAUUUUCAGCAGGUUCACCAGAAAUCAUUUUAAUAUGCUGAUUUGCUGCUCAAGGAACAUUUCUUAUUAUUAAAGUUAUAAAUGGUUGUGCUUCAUUAUGUGUUUUUUGUUUGUUUGUUUUGAAAACUGAUACUUUUUUCAGGAUUCUUUGGUGAAUCGAAAGUUGAAAAGAACAGCAGUUAUUUAAAAUUGAAAUCUUUUGUAACAUUAAAAAAAAAUGUUUUACUGUCACUUUUAAAUUAAAGGCAGCUUUGUUGAAUGAAAUAAUUAAUUUAUUAAAAUAAAUCAUACGCUAAGUUCUUUUACACAAACUUGAAAUAUUAAAAUUCAUGUUAUUUUUUUAAUGACAUAUUUCUAAUUAUUUUUGCUAAAACAUUAUACAUAUAAAAUAUUUCCUUAAGUAUUAACCUUUGGAUCUGAGAUGCUUAUUCGACUUUAAAAUGAUACAUUAAUUAAAGUCACAAAAAGUAAACAGUACUGUAAAAAAAUGUCAACAAACUUUAAUGUGUUUAUAUGUUUAUAUGAGCCAGAUUUGUUUGUGCCCCUGAUGGCAAGCCUGCGUUUUUUUGAUAAGUCGGUUCUUUCCUUUCACAUGAGAAUUCUUCUGCGAAACAGACCAACAUCCUUUGCCAGUUUCCUGUAACCAUAGAGAUAGUGAGUUCAGCCAAUCCCCAGCCAGGACUGAGUGGAAUGUUUUCCUGAACUCUCUAUGAAUUUCCUUCCACGACAAACGCUCUCUCCCACAUUUUUAGAGCACAGCUCUCAAUCGUUACCCUCGUCGGGAAUACGUCUAUGGAAUUCUGUGGAAAAAUGCUGUUUUAAUUGAGCACCAGGAGUCGCCAUCAGGCCCCGAUCCAACUCCUGGGAUUGCAAACCAUGUUCUCCAGAACAGAUGUUCAGCAACGGUCGACUGCAUUUGCCUCUGCUGAGACACUUCCAAAAUUGGGGUUUGCAGAAAUGCCAUAGAAGAACCAUUUUGGUUCCCCAAAGAGCAGUUUUUCCAUUGUAAAAAAACCUUUUCUGGAACCAUAGAUACCAAUAGAGUGUGUGGCUGAGAAACACAUGUCUGGAUUGACAGGAGCUAUGACCACUGAAAGUACAGACAGAUCCCUGAUAGUUUUCCCUAAUGUUCCUCUCAGGAAGACAUCUUCUGUGAAUCAGUCAUCCAUAGGCUGUAGGACUUCAAAUCUGCCUGAUGUUUGCUGGGACUUUGAGCUUAGUUUGGCUGUGGUGUUGAUGGUCUUGGCUGGGAUUUUGAUCUUGGCAUUGCUGUACUGGGUGCUCCUGCUGCGCCACAGGCUCCGCGUCGCUCAGGCUGGGAACACUCUGGAAUACUUUGGUUUCUACCACAUGGCUCAGUAUGAUCUAAAAGAGCUGCCCGUAGUGACCCCUUCUCUUCCCUCCCCACCUCCACCUGUUCCUCCACCUCCUCCUCUUCACGUCACUCCACCUCCACCGCCCGUGUUGUAUAUGUCCACCCCCAUCAUCCACACCACCCCACCCAGCCCUCACCCGUCAUGUGGAGCCAGCUCGGACGCAGAGGUGUAUUCGCGGAUCGGAGUCCUUCGACCCACAAGACCCUCCAGUGUGAGUCAGACCCAGGUGAUCCUGUUUGAACACUCUGCUCUUUGACGGACUGAUGCUUUCAAGUACAAGCACAGCUGUCUUCAUUUCAGCUGUUUAAAGUCGUGUGGAUAUUUUGGGCUGUUUUGUCUUAUUUAAAGUGUCUGGGGUAGAUCAGACAAUCACUCUCUUUUUUAAGUACGUUCAUGUUUUUUUUUAGAUGUGUUACAUUUAAAAGCUUUCAUAUGUGUUUCCUAUGUUAGGAAAAGUAACAGGAAAAGGGUUUGUUUUGAAACAAACAUAUUGCUCUUUUUCCUGAAUCUGCCUUUGUAAUUUCCUUUAAAGGGUGGGAUUUCCUGAGGAGACUUUCCAUUGCUUUGUUCCUCUCUGCCUCUUAGGAUUUUAAUGUUCAAUGUUCUUUUACUCUCACUGUCUUAGCAAAUAUACUUUAGGUUAAUAUCAAAUAAAUAAGUCUAAAAAUAAUUCCGUAUUAUAAAAUAAAUAAAUGUAUACACACACUACCAUUAAAAAGUUUGAGGUUGGUGUGAUUUUUUAUUUUAUUUUAUUUUUUUGAAAGAAGCUUCCUAUGCUCACAGGGCUGUAUCAGUGAAAUCAGUCAAAUAUUGUGACAUAUUUUCUAUUUUAAACUAUAAUUUAUUCCUUCCUGUGACUGCAAAGCAGAGUUUUCAGCAGCCAUUACUCUUUAGUGUCACAUGAUCCUUUUAAUAUGCUGAUUUGGGUCUGAAGAAACAAUUUUUAUUAUUAUCAAUGUUGAAAAUGUUUUCUUAAAACCAUAAUUCUGUAACCAAAACACAGUAAAUAAAUGCUUCAGUUGCAGUAGCUGUGUAAAUUACAACACAUCGCAGCUGUGCCCUGUGUCGUCUCUGAAAUGAAUAUGUUGUUCAUGUACAAACAUUCUAAGGCCACAAAGUGUAUCUGAAUAAUUGAUGACCCUCUACCAUUUCCUUUUCUCAUAAUGUAUAAUUUAGCAUUGUGAAAUAGCUGCGGGAGGAAUAUGAUAAUUGUGGAGCAAAAGUUCACGACCUUGUUUUUGAACUGAAAACUUGCAGUGGAUUUUAUAUUUUACUCAGUGAAUAUAAGUGGUCUAAAUAAUAUUUUCCAAACAUUUGAUGUAUUUAAAUCAACGAUUAAGACAUUGUAUGCUAUUCACAGCUAUAAUAUGACUUAAUUAUUCAGUCAUAGUUAAUUUGAUGUGCAAGUUCUAUUGUCCUGUUUAAUUGCUGUAUAGGUCUGCCUGUGUAUAUGAUAAAAGAAAGCGGUCAUUUUUGUUUAGAAAAUGAGUUUGCAAUGAUACUCUUAAUUUCAAUAUCACUUUUGAUUGUCUGCAAAAACAUACCAGAACAAAAAAAAAAAAAACAGAUUAGAACAUAUUUCUCUGACGUGUCUUUAAGCAAACAAAAUUUGUCACUUGAAGUGUUUGUCAAAAUAAAGCAAUAUAUUUUUCAACACUGAGAAUAUUUUAUGGAUAAUAUAGGAGUCAGUUCCAUCCAAUAUUGCAUAUGUGCAUGAUUGCAUGCGUGAGUGUCUUUUAUUUUUACACCAAGCUGCAUGUUUGUGCUUUGUGCUUGACAGUCUAAAACUUUUGAUAGUAGGAAACAAGAAAAUACAUAAAAUGAACAAACUAUAUUUUGCAGUAGUGAAAAUAUACUGCAUUUUUGGUGCCACAAACACAAAAAGUGUCUCCUAUGAAGCAGAUGUGACUUUGAUUCUAGUAUCAUGUACCGAUCCCACUUUCCCUCGCCUUCAUUUCCUGUCUCCUCUCAACUGUCUCUUUCAUUAAAAAUGGCAAAAAGCCCAAACCUAAAAUAGCAAUAAACAAUAAAUUUCAAUUUUGUGGAAUACUGCCUGUUCCUGUCUGCUUUCUCAUAUGUGGAAAGCUUUUCUUCUGUCCUGAUUUUGAAUGAAGUGUUUUGGAAAUCUUACCUUUCAUAUGUCCUCUAACUGAAGUUGGAAUACUAGCACCUGCCACCUCUGGGAAAGCGUUCAUUGACAUACA